UUCAUUAGGUAUAAUAAAAAUGUAAACACUGAUUUUCGGGAAAUGGUUUGGAAAAGCCGAGGUCAUAUUUAUCAAUUUUCUCAUUAUGUCGUUGUUUGUUUCUCUGUGAAACAGAGUUAAGAAUAUCAAUCAAAGACAUGGAAAUGGCUACAAGUGAAUCCCAAUCUCGUCCUGAUGUGAUUAGCUACUGUUUGGCAAAUCCUAGAUUCCUAGAACGAUGGCAGAACAUAUUCAAACUCGGCGACCAGCACAUGAGAGAUGCACGUUUAAAUUGCCAAGAUCUCUUUCUUUCUAAAAAUUGGGAGAGUCUGGAGCAGUUUGUCCUUGAAAAUGAUGAGAAUGACCCGAAAAAUGAUGAAGUCUAUAAAUGCAUGUACAGGAUGAUCCUUGAUCACUUUAAUGAGAUGGAGCACGAGGAGGCGGACCAAAAACAGCGACUCUCUCAGAGAGUGGUGUAUGACAACCUUAAGAAUAGUUAUGAAGAAAACCCCAAACCGUUCAUAACCAGUUUGUGCCGAUAUCUGCAAGAGGAACAGAGCCUGCUGACACAGUUUAUGAUGGCAGAGGCAGAAUCUAUGGAAGUGAGCCCUGCUGAUGACCAAGACCAUAUUCUUGCAUGCAUGGAUGAAAGUAGCAAGAAAGUCAAGAACUGUAUUGAAAAAUUAGAAUCACUAGAAGAUCAGCGAGCUGGUUUUGAACAAUUUAGAAGUGGAUCCAAUGGAAUAAAUCUGUCUGAGCAGCAAAAGAAACUGAUCAGAUCCCAGCAGAGAAGAGAUCAGUUGUUCACCGAUUUAAAAUGCCAGCUGCAAAAGAUCGAGACCAAGGCUGAAGAGGCUGAAGCAAUUCUUGAAAAGAAGAUGUUGGCUUACAAGGAAAAGUUAAAAUUAUUCUAUGUGGACUUAGUGGAUCAUAGGCCUCCAAUACCUACAGAGGUGGAGAGAGGAUAUUCCCGGAUUGGAGAAAUAUUGUACAAUAAUUUGCAAUAUGUUCUGCCCAAGCUAGAAUCAUUGGUAGGAUCUCAAAUGGUACAAAGCACUUCCUGUAGUCUAAGAAGCUGCUUUGAAAGGCUUCUUAAAAGUUCGUUUGUUGUAACUGAACAGCAGAAGCAUAUAAUAAAAGUUGAACUGGGAUCCAAAAAACGUAACAAAGAGGCAGAUGGCAAUAAAGAGGAAGCGACCAAUCAGAAGUUUCGAUGUCCAAAGUUCUAUGCUACUGUUCGACUUCUAGCUUGUGAUAAUAUCGACUGCAAAGGAAAAGUGAAAGCGCAGUUUUGUAAUGAGUCAGAAGUCAAUGAAAAAUUUCAGAGUGGUGAAUGGGAAAGUCCAUGUGAAAUAAAGUUGAAGGCCAAAACAGAUGAAUCACCAUUUGAAAAGAAAGCUUUAGCCACUUUUAAAAAACUGGAGAUAGAAAACUUUGAACGGAAGCAAGAUAUCCAAGUUUGCGAGGAUAAAUUUAGGAUUGUUUUCACCACUAGAGUCAGAAUCACUGACCAAGACUCUCUUGUAUCGACAAUUUCUCUGCCCAUUGUGGUAACAACAGGAGCCAGUCAGAGCUGUAAUGUACAUGGCUCUCUCCUUUGGCAGUGCUUCAGCACCAAUGAUGCUUUUCAGUUGCCAAUAGAAUCUGCAAGCUCCUUGAAGUGGCACAUUGUGUUUGACAUGUUGAAUGCAAAAAUGCGGACUUUAGGAGGAAGGGACCUAUGUAAUGAUGAGAAAGAUCAUCUGGGGAGCAGGCUCAUGCAGGAGGAAAAUCCAAUACCAGAUGAGAUGGACAUUCCCUUCAGGAGAUUCUGUGUGGACAAAAUGAUGGACAUAAAAGAAGGAGAUGACAAGAAGAAAUCGGCCACGUUUUGGAUGUGGUUCCUGGCCGUUUUUAAUCUUACCAAAUCUCAUCUCCAGGAUUACUGGAAUAAUGAUUUGAUCUGUGGAUUCAUCAAGAAAGAGACAGCAGAGCAAAAACUGAGGAGCAAUAACCACAACAUGAAAGACUAUACUUACCUGUUGAGGUUCUCUGAUUCCGUCAUCACAGAUUGUCAAGGUCAAAACCUGUGUGGUGCCAUCUCAGCUACUGUCAUUACCAAUAAGGGCAAAAAAGGCAAAUGGAAAUUCCUGUCAACCGAACCCUUCAAAGCAGAAACUUUCAAGGUCAAGAAGAAGACUCUUGCCCAGUGUGUGAAAACCACGUAUGUAAAAACCACGGACACCCCUGCACCUGAUGGUAACAAUGUUCAACUUUUGCAGUGGUUAUACAAGUCUCCAACUUCUACUAUCAGCACUGAGGAAGCAUUUCAGACUUAUUUCACUGAGAGCAAAAACAGGAAAGAAAAUGAGAGAUAUAAGAAGAUGGAGGAAAUUCUAGUAUUGUUUAAUGAUAUGGAUUUAGAUGAUGAAUCAUCUCCAGAGAGAAAAAGAGAAAUAAAAAAAGCGGUUGGGCCAUCAAAGAAACGAGAGGCCGCCAAAACCAGGUCUGGAGUCAUUAAAGCUCAGCGUUUGUCUGAACAAGAUCCUGUCAUGCACUCUGAAGCCACACAAACCGAUUCACCCAUGUCGGUACCACCAGAAUCUCCACAGACGUAUAGUACCGGUAUUCCUCAGACUGUCCUAGAUCUAAAUGAGGGCCAGUCACAAGGAAGCAUGGGAGGUCAGCCUCUCGUUUCCACACAAGACACAAUGGAAACAUCUUCACUUAGCAGUGACCAGUCAAUCAGCAUUGAGGAGGAGAGUUUAUCCAGUAGGCACCCAAAUUUGUCAAGAAUGCUUUCAUCAAAUGCCAACACUUUCUUAACAAUUGAUGAAGAAGCCCUGGGACAAACACUCUGGCUCCUUCAAUCUGAACAUGGAUUUUCUGAGCUUCUUGCGUAUCCUGAGCAGCAGACAGGCAACACUGAUUUUGUGUACAGCAACGACCAGCAAAUGAGCCCAGUUCCUUCUAUGGAUUCCACGCAACAGCCUAGUCCAGAAACUUCUAUGUCUAGUCCAGCAUAUUCGGUUCAGUCAUUACAGAGUACAGACAAUAACCAGCACAAUGGUACAAUGGAAUCCAUUGUUUAUGCCCCAGCUUCAACAACAACUGAAGAAUCAAUUGUACGAAAAGAGGAUGAAAAAUUAGCCAAAAUGAAAGAAAAGAUGUUGCUCUUUGAGAAGUUAAAGAGCAAGAUUACCGGUAAAGGCGGAAGUUCAGAAUCGUACGUGUCAUCGUCGGGCUCACAAGCAUUUUCCCCCCAAUCUGCGACCACUCUGCAGUCCCCGCCACACUCAACUUGUCCUCUUGCAGCAUCUCCGGCUGGGAGUAUCCAGACUAACAGUGUUCAGUCUCCAAACUCCCAGUCUGUGUACUCCGAGGCCUCUUCUCCAGCGGGGAGUGUUGCAUCAUCAGUCGUUGAACCAAUAUUGAAUGAUCCAGCCAGCAUGAAUGAUCUCAUUCAAAACUUACACAAUGUUUUUGAAGAGAUAAAUAAUGCUUCUUUCCUGAACUCUGGGAGUAGAGUUCCUGCCUAAGAGUGACAUGCUAUUUAGCUGAUGCAGGCGGACUCUGUUGAAAGAUAAAACCUGUUCAGAAACUGGAUAUAGUCAUCAGCUGCGUGCAAGAUUUUGCGUUUUGGUAGAUUUAUCACCUUGCUGAAAAAUUUGCUGUCCAUUUCUUCAUAAAGCUUGCAGAUCUUCAUUAUUUUGCAAUUCACCUGUUCAAAAAUCUAAAUCAUCUAACAGUUAUACUGCGCUAACAUUUUCAUCUGUUUUUUCAACAAUUUUUAACAAGGCUUCUUUGGGAAAGUUUAGCUAAAGAUUCUCUUACAAUGUGAAAUGAAAUAUUUCAAGAAGAUUAAAAAACCAUCUCUCUAACACUUAUAGAAAUUUCAAAGAACAUACUUUUUUAAGGGAAGUUUUUUUUCUAAACUGAUUGUAGGGUCAAUUACUCUUAUGAUGAGAAAUUUUAAUAUUUCAAGGUGUUUGAAAAACCAUCUCCCAAUUAGCACUGUAUACUGUAAACAUAUUACAUUUGGCUGUGUAUUCUAUUUUAUAGCGUUUUCGGCAUCCACUAAAUCAAGUACAUUGCCAAAUGUAAAAUAUAUAAGUAGAUAUAUAGGUACAUUCAGAAAUGCACUAAAUCAAAUCCACGCCAACUUGUUGAAAAAUCAUACUCCGCCAAGUAUCGUACAUGCUAAAUAUACCGGUAAUACGUUAAGUUAAUGCAUGGCAUUUAGCGAUGUUCUUGAUUUAACGGAAGUCGCAUUCCGCCAAAACCGCUAAAUAGAAUUCACAGCCAAAUGUAGUAUGUUUACAUUAAUUAUGUAUUAUGUAUAAUUAAAAUACUUUUCAAAACUUUUCUAUUUUUAUUCAUUUUAAUAAGAUUGAGAAACAGACUAUCAAGAGUUGUCUCAGUUGCAGAAAACAAUGAAUUUAGAUUAAUGGGUAUAGUUUUUGCAUGUACAUGUAUAUUUGAGAUUCCAUUUAUCCUCUUGAUAUACUGUUAACUUAACAGUAUAUCAAGAGGAUAAAUGGAAUCUCAAAUAUACAUGUACAUGCAAAAACUAUACCCAUUAAUCUAAAUUACUGAUAUCUAAUCACACAAUGCAUUGCGAAAAUUUUUAUUCAUGUAUCAUGUUGUGAAUAUACAGUUGAACUUUGAAAUCUCGAACACUGAUAUCAGGAAUAAGAUGGACAUGUCAAAUUGAUUUAUAAGUCCCAACCAUUUAUUUUAAAAUAUUUUACCCUUGAUAUCUUGAAUACUCGGAUAUUUCAAAGUUUUUAAACAGUCCCAUCUCGUUCAAGAUUACGAAGUUUGACUAUAAUUCCAAGAAGGGUACCGGUAUUAUAAUUUAUUUAUUAUUCCUUUGUCCUAUAAAAGUAACAUGAGCACCCCCAAGCAGAGCAUUCCUUAGCAAAUGGAAAUUUUUUGGAAUCAAGUUAAUUCAUUUGUUAAAUGUAUUUUAGCUAUUGUUACUUGGUACAUAAAAUUUAAUUUGUAUAAAGUACAUAGAGUAAUACUCAUUAAUGUCAAAUGUAUUGAGAAAUUAUUCGCAGAUAACUUUAGAAUUGAAUAUAGUUCAACAUACUGUAUAUAGGGUUAUUUUCGCCCCAUGUUAUUUUUGCCCUUCUUAACUUGCAAACGGUUUUGCCCCUUCUUGAAUUCGCCCAGACAUACAUGUAGAUGUAGAUGUACAUGUAGAUGUGUUUAAAGAGAGAUAAUUUAGGACAUUGGAAUUCGCCCAUGCAGUCUUAAUUUAGCCACUGACCACAAGGAUGAAAGGGGCAAAAAUAAAACGGGGGCGAAUAUUUUCCUGUAUACAGUAAUACUAUGCUUACAUAGUAUGCAGUAACCGGUAAGUUUAAGAGAUCUAAGUACUGUAAUAGGGUUUCCUUUCAAUCUUGCUGCAAGCUUUUAUACUAACAUAAUUAACACACCCACUUGAUCAGCAAUGUUAUACCCCGAUGCAAAGUGAUAAAAAAGGUGUAAAUUUACCUUAAUUAUUAAAUCUGUAAUUAAAAUGUAUAGUAACAUUCAAUGAUAUUAAUUAACUGGAAAUAAUAUUUCAUUCUUGAUAUUAUAAAUGAUUAAUGGCAUAUAGAUGAUUUUUUUUUCAAGAGCUGGGCUCUCAAAAAACUAAUAAUUAUGUACAUUGUAUACUAACACAGACAAAACAAAAAUACUCAAAGUUUAUAUUUAAUGGGCUAAUUAUAAAUUAGCUGAACAUGUAAAUAUACUUUUUUUUGUGGUUGGCAUAAUAUUCUUAAUGGCCGGGUUUUUUUGGUCAUCCAAAGAAGUAGCUUGGUGCAGAUAUAUACAUUGUCCUGUGUGUUGUUACGAGGUUUCUGAAACAAAAGAAGUCUGAAAAAUUGUUUUUUUUUCCCUCUCACUUGCCACUACCAAGUGAAUGAUAAAAACAACAGACCACAAUCUGAGUUCAUCAAGAUCUGUAUAAACAGACAAAGUACAUGUAUUACUGUUUUUUGUUGUUGUUUUUUUUUUUUGUUUCAUUGGUUUGUUCAAUCGUGCAGAAUUUUCAUUGGUGCACAUUUUUGCUUGCAAUAUAAUUAUUUUAUGAUGAAUGUUACAUUUUAGUUCACUGCAAUGACAUGUGUUUGUUAUAUAGGCCAAAUGUGAUAUAUAGGCCCAAUGCUGUAAACAUUUACACUACUGUGUAUGUAUUCAUAUUAUUUGAUACCUGCUUUGCUUUCUGUUGUUAGACCAUUUACCUUUAUUUUUCUUCACCUGUAAUUGGAAUCAUUGAUAACAUUACAGUUGCAACCAUUUAUAACUUUCUGUUGGUGCUGAAUUAUUGUUAUAAUUGCAAACCAGUAGAUGUUGUUAAGAAAGUCCUAUAGUAUUCAGAAUUUGACUUCAGCUGACGACAUUUAAUUUUGCGCCAUAUUUUGUAUGGAGUGUUGUAUGUGAACAUUAUGUGCUUACACUUUUACAUUUACUUAUCAUGUUUGUUAUUCAAAAUAUGGGGAAAAACCGAAGGAAUUUUUUUUUUUCACGUAAUGGGCAAAGCUCAUAAUCAUUGUUGUCCAUUAUUUCAAAAAGCUUAAUUUCAUUUUGCAAGAAACGUUUACUUAUGUUUGUUAUUGAGGAUAAGGAAAAAAUAACCUGAAAAAAUGCAAUGGUCAUGAAACAACCAUUGUCCUUUAUUCUUGAAUUUUUUUUUUAAUGUUGCAAGUCUGAAGACACUUGUUUGUUUUCAAAAUCAUUAACAUAUAAAAAAAAAACAAAUGUUUGUCUGAAGCUUGUAGGCAUGCAGUGUAGAAUGAUUAAAAUUAAUACACAAGUUUAAUAAAAAUGUCUCAAAAUCUAAUAAUUCAAUAUCCUUUGUUAGAAAGCAACCUUUGUAUUCACUUUCAUUCAGACAGCUUAAUUAUAUUGGAGCUACGGCAUUCUUAAAAUUUUCCUUUUGUUUUCAAGUGAAUGUUCUAUUUCUCUGAUACCAACAUAUGUAACCAACGACUGUUUAAAAUGAAAAAGACUUCAAAAUAAAUUUGCACAAACCAUGA